AGAGACGACCAGUUAAGUUCUAUUCGCGGAUCAGAACAGUUCUCUAGCAUUACGAACUAAAAAUGUCGCUGAACGUGGAUGAUGAAAUUCAAUGGUUGACCGAAACUAUCUUGCCAGAGAUUCUAAAAAAUGGACGUUUAGUGGAUAACUACAGCGAAUCAGAGCUAAAUACAUUUAAAGUGGGGAGCAUUGCAAUUAAUAUAAUUGGCGUUGAGGAGGCUUUCAUGUUGACUCAAUGCUACAGAGCGACAAUCAAUUUUGAAUACGCUGGCGAGCAACAAAUGAGGAAAUUCGUUGUAAAGAAAACGCCUAAGAUACCAAAAGAAGCUUACGAUGAGACCCAGUUUGGUGAUCUCUUCUACAAUGAAAUCAGUUUCUACACUGAAAUUUUACCAAUACUCCAAAAACUCAGCAAUGGCAACUUUGCUGCUCCCAAGUAUUACUAUAGUGAGAAUAAACCCAUGUCUGCCAUUCUCAUUCUGGGAGAUUUCGGUGAAGACGGUUGGAGUGUGACUAAGAAGAGAUUUGGAUUGAGUCUAGAGCAUGCGCGCAUAGCUGUCAAGUUCUUGGGCAGAUUUCAUGGUUUUGGAUAUGCUUUGAAAAUCAAUCAGAGGGAACGUUUUGACCAGCUAACCAGUCAGUUUAGAGACUCGCGUUAUGCCGCCGAGUCUAUUGGUGCAGAUUGGGAUUUAUCAAUGAAAACUGCUAUCAAGCGAGCUGGCUUAGCAACAAGAACUUAUCAGCCGGAAGUGGACAAGGAUUUCAUCAAGAAAUUCCAGCAACUGACCUGCAGUUAUUUGGGCUUUGGUCGUCAGCGAGUGGCGCCCAAGGAACCUUUGGCAAUUCUGUGUCAUGGAGAUUUUCUAAGGAAUAAUGUUGCAUAUAAGUACGAUACGGAUAGCAGUGGGAAUCCCCUGGAGAUCAUGAUGUUUGACUAUCAGACCAUGCGGUUAUCUUCGCCCAUGAUCGAUCUAACCGUUUUCCUCGCCGUUUCCGUUCUUGCCGAUGUGCGUUAUAAGAAUUUCGACAGUCUAUUCGAUGAUUACUGCAAUGCGCUCUUCGCGAGCUUCAAGGAAAACUCCCAGCAGCCGCUUCCGGAGUUCUUAAACCGGGAGAAUUUGUUGAAGGAGUAUGUCCUGUAUUUACCCUUCUCGCUGAGCAUUUCAGCAUCCUUUCUAAUGUUUCUGGUCGAUCCGCCUGCUAUUACGCUAGAGGAUAUGUUAAAUUCUGUUAUACCAGAAGAGGAGAUUAUACAGAGAAACAUGACACAAGGUGGCGAAAUAGUUGAUCGUGAAAUUGCCCAUCAAAUGUUGGAAAUGUUUGAGUUAAGUCGCUUGCACAAUGUUCAAAUCGAUGAAGGCAUUGAUAACUCAGAUUGGGUGGAUAGUGCGAUAUUUUAAACAAACAAUGACACUUUAAAUUAAUAAUCAUAGUGACUUGGCAAUAAGUUAAAAGAAACAUUUGUUAUCUCAAACCAGAAGACAUUACAUUAUAUAAGGAAUAUGGGUACAAUUCAAUUUUUAAAAAUAAAAAUGUAUAUGCUCUCUUUAAA